CCUGCCCUCUUCCCGCCCCUCGCCUCCCCAAACUCCCUUCACCUAGGAGCUGCCAAACAUCUGGAUCGACCUGGGCACCACGAGGGGUUGAAAUUCGACCAUUUACGUGCCUUUCCACAGUGUUCCCGACCUCCUGCUCACAGCCGCAAAACCCACUGACUGUUUGACCGCACUUUCGUAGGAGAACCAGACACUUUCUAGGAAGAUGGUGGCAGAAAAAGAGACCCUGAGCUUAAGCAAAUGCCCAGACAAGAUGCCGAAGAGGACCAAGCUGCUGGCGCAACAGCCGCUCCCGGUGCACCAGCCUCACGCCCUGGUGUCUGAGGGCUUCACAGUCAAAGCCAUGAUGAAAAACUCAGUCGUGAGAGGCCCUCCAACUGCCGGGGCAUUUAAAGAAAGACCAACCAAGCCUACAGCAUUUCGAAAAUUUUAUGAGCGAGGAGACUUCCCAAUUGCCCUUGAGCAUGAUUCGAAAGGAAACAAAAUAGCCUGGAAGGUAGAAAUUGAGAAGCUGGAUUACCACCAUUAUCUGCCUCUGUUUUUUGAUGGGCUUUGUGAAAUGACAUUUCCCUAUGAGUUUUUUGCUCGGCAAGGAAUCCACGACAUGCUGGAACACGGGGGGAACAAGAUUCUACCUGUCAUUCCACAGCUCAUUAUCCCGAUAAAAAAUGCCUUGAACCUCCGAAAUCGACAGGUCAUCUGUGUCACACUCAAAGUCCUCCAGCAUCUGGUCGUGUCGGCUGAGAUGGUGGGUGAGGCUUUGGUACCCUACUACCGUCAAAUCCUCCCCAUCAUGAACAUCUUUAAGAACAUGAAUGGCAGCCAGAGUUUGCCCAAUGCAGAACCAAGUGGUGAUCUUUUGGCCAGAACACAGCUCAGUUUGUUGGGAGCUAAAGACCCCCACACCUCCUCUUCAAAGUUUGAUGAAAUUUUGGUUAACUCGGGAGACGGCAUCGACUACAGCCAGCAGAAGAGGGAGAACAUCGGAGACCUGAUCCAGGAGACGCUGGAAGCCUUCGAGCGCUACGGAGGGGAGGACGCCUUCAUCAACAUCAAGUACAUGGUCCCCACCUACGAGUCGUGCUUGCUGAACUAACGCUCGGAGCAGCUGGGACAAGAGACGGCAGCCCCUGGUGCCGUGGCCGCGGGUCUCCUUACUUGUAACUUCUACAGCUUUCUUCUUCCAGCUGCUACAGUAGUGGCUUACGGGCCCUUGGGUUGUUAGCCCUAUUGAGAGCAAGGCUUUCCAAUACAUAAAUAGUGCCUGUUUCUUAGAUUACAAUAGCGUACUGUGCUCAUUUGUUCUGUGAGAAGAAUCGCUUCUUUAUACAGCUCGGACAGAGGCAGGGG